CGCACCAUUGUGUGGCUGGACUCGGCCGCCGCUGCGGUGUGAGGCGCGUGUACAGGCUCUCGCCGUCCCCGCACCCGCACCGCGGCUUUUGCCUUGCGGUCCGCUGUUCGAUAGCCAGCCUUCGGGGCCCCUGCCCGCCACGGACAUGCCGCGCGUCUACAUAGGACGCCUUAGCUACAACGUCCGGGAGAAGGACAUCCAGCGCUUUUUCAGUGGCUAUGGCCGCCUCCUCGAAAUAGACCUCAAAAAUGGGUACGGCUUCGUGGAGUUCGAGGACUCCCGCGACGCCGACGACGCCGUUUACGAGCUGAACGGCAAAGAGCUCUGCGGCGAGCGCGUGAUCGUGGAGCACGCUCGGGGCCCGCGCCGCGAUCGCGACGGCUACAGCUACGGAAGCCGCAGUGGUGGAGGUGGAUACAGCAGUCGGAGAACUUCUGGCAGAGACAAAUACGGACCACCUGUUCGUACAGAAUUCAGGCUUAUUGUAGAAAACCUUUCUAGUCGUUGCAGUUGGCAAGAUUUAAAGGAUUUCAUGAGACAAGCAGGUGAAGUAACCUAUGCGGAUGCUCACAAAGAACGCACAAAUGAAGGCGUGAUUGAGUUCCGUUCCUACUCUGACAUGAAGCGUGCUCUGGAUAAACUGGAUGGUACAGAAAUAAAUGGCAGGAAUAUUAGGCUCAUUGAGGAUAAACCACGAACGAGCCAUAGGCGAUCUUACUCUGGAAGCAGAUCAAGGUCACGGUCUAGAAGAAGGUCACGAAGUAGGAGUCGCAGGAGCAGCCGCAGUAGAUCUCGAAGUAUCUCAAAAAGCCGCUCCCGAUCCAGGUCUCGGAGCAAAGGUCGAUCACGUUCUCGAUCAAAAGGCAGGAAAUCUAGAUCAAAAAGCAAAUCAAAGCCCAAGUCUGAUCGGGGCUCCCGUUCGCGCUCUCGAAGCAGAUCUAAGGAGUAUGAGAAAUCUCGAAGCAGGUCUCGUUCUCGAUCUCGUUCCCCCAAAGAAAAUGGAAAAGGUGAUAUAAAGUCAAAAUCUAGAUCAAGAAGCCAGUCUCGUUCAAAUUCACCCCUACCUGCCCCACCCUCAAAGGCACGGUCCGUGUCCCCUCCACCAAAAAGAGCCUCAAGAUCCCGCUCUAGAUCUCAUUCAAAGUCAAGAUCACGGUCCAGAUCGAGUUCCAGAGAUUAACCUAGAACUCUAUAUUCUUUGCACACUAUUAUGGAACACUUUCCUACUUGCUUAGGCAGUUACUCUUCCAUGUUUGUACUUGGCCUCUUCUGCAAGAGGAAUCUCCUGAAAAUGGGGCACACAGAAAUUUUAAUUUGUGGCCAAAUUUGAUGAAAAAAAAAAAAAUGAGGUUCUAAAGAAAUGGUGGCAUGAAGUCAAAGACCCUCUCCCUUCUUUGUAGAAUUAAGAUAACUUUGAUUUUAUAGCUUUUGAGCUAAAAUAACUUUUGUAAAGAUUAAGCUCAUUUAGAUUUUUUUUUUUUUUUAAGUAUUUCAGCAGGAUCUGCUGCAGGGAUUUUGUUGUUUUGUUUGCUUUUAAAUUAACCGUUGCAAGCUUUGAAUACCUAAGGCUUUAGAGGGAGAUCCCGAUUUUCAAUUAUGUUGGCUUUUUAUAAAGCUUGAGUUAUGUAAGAUUUCAAUAAAAAUUUGCUACCAAGUUGAUUGCCUUACUGAAUAGGUCACUUAAAUUCCUUUAAAUAUUGAUAAUUUGUUCUUUGUGAAACUGUAAAUUACAUAAGUGUAAAAGAAGGCAAGUCUCAGACCAGCAAUAAAUUAUUCCAUUUGGAUAACA